GUAAAAGCAAGCAGGCUUUCUGCCAGAGCGAGUUAGAAAGUUGCUUUCGUUUUCACUUGUUCUUCUGCCUAGGAGCUGAACAGCAUGGCUGGGAAAGAUGACCCAGUCGACAAAAUAAAAGUAAUGACCAAGAACUUCCUCGAUGGUUUUGUGGAUAACUUAGUGGAGAAAGCUGUGAUAAACAGAAGAAAUUUACAAAACAUGGGAAAUACGAUUGGCAACAUUAUAAAAGGGACUCAAAACCUAUUUGAGGAGCUCAAGGAACAGAGCGGAAAGGGAAACAUUGUCAUGGUCAUCGGCAACCCCAAGAAACAGCUGAGUUUAAAAUUAGUGCCUGAGAAUGAGGCGGAUGAAUUCGAGGAUGGGCCCUCUUCUUCUGUGACUGAAUCAGAAGAUGAGAAUGAGAAAAGUGAAGAUGAGGAAAAAGUUGGAUCAGCCCAGGCAUUGGCUCUCCCUUCAACAGAUCCUUUACAACACAAUGAUGCAUUGAAGCUUUGUCCUUCUGCUCAUUUCCAUGAAAUAAAGACAAAGAAGGCAAAUGAGAUAUAUCCAGUGAUGGAGAAAGAGGGUCGGACUCGCCUGGCCCUCAUCAUCCACAACAAGGAAUUUGAGUAUCUUGAUUCUCGAGAUGGUUCUGAAAUUGACCUUUGGGGCAUGGAAUCUCUGCUUGAAGACCUUGGAUACUCAGUAAUCAUAAAAGAGAAUCUCACGGCACUGGAAAUGCAAGAGGUGCUAGAACAGUUUGCUGGCCGUGAAGAGCACCACACCUCAGACAGCACAUUUCUAGUAUUCAUGUCACAUGGCGUCCAGAAAGGAAUCUGUGGAAUAAAUCACAAGGAGGAAGAGCCCGAUAUUCUUCCUGAUGAAAACGUCUUCCAAAUUUUCAAUAACCGCAAUUGCAAGAACCUAAGGAAUAAGCCCAAAGUUAUCAUCACACAAGCCUGCCGAGGCAAAGGGAAAGGGAUUGUCUGGGUGCCUGAUCAGGGUGAGGUCUCUGCACGCAGACGGGCUGAGAAGUCCUUGCAGAACAAUGGAAUGACCACCUACAUCCGCAGUGACGCAGUGACCCUGAGCCAUCUGGAGAGAGACUUCAUUGCUUUCAAAUCUUCCACUCUAAAUAAUGUUUCUUGGAGGCUUGAUUCCAGUGGCUCUCUCUUCAUUUCCCAACUGAUUCGAUGUUUCAAAACCUAUUCUUGGUGUUGUCAUUUGGAGGAGGUUUUUCGAAAGGUUCAGCAUUCAUUUGAGACCCCAAGUGACCUGGCUCAGAUGCCCACAAUUGAUAGAGUGACCUUGACGCGCUAUUUCUACCUCUUCCCUGGGAAUUGAAACUCACAGGAAGGAUCACAGGACUGCGUCUUAAUUGUGCAAUAUUUAUGCUGGAUGCAUGCGGUGGGGAAAAGGAACCAGAAACCCUAGAAACACUUGGUGUUUGAGCUCUUGUCCCGGCUCCUCUUGCUGAAUUGCUGGCCAUCCCCAUUCAUGAUGUGGCAUUCAGGAUCACAGUACACUGACCUCUGGACUGGUGCUGGGCCAUGAGGCCCAAUGACACAUCUUUCAUUCUAGGAUAAAAAUUUCAGACCAUAUUUUGAAGCUACAUCUCACAGUAAAGAGUAGCUCUACGUAUGUUUUACCAAGAAAAUGGAAGCAUGACAGUCUCUCUAAAGCUCUUUUGACAGGACUAUUUCUGAUUAAGAAUGUUCCUAUGCCAAAUGUCUUGCCCUGCAAAAACAUGCCAAAACUGUCCCGUUUUGGGUACUGAAUAAAUGCUUAAUAAAUUAUUUUAA